GCCUCGACACAUGAAUGUUAAACAGCCAGUCUACGCUGAAUAGAGCGUCUUUGACAAUAACUGUAAGCGUGAACGCAGCCAUUAGGCUGGAUAUCUUAGGUUACAUUACACAAGGUUACAUUACACAUGGAUGAUCGCAGUGCCUGGAUGUAGAUGUAAACUCGCUCGAAGUGUUCGGAAAGCAGCUUGAACGAGACGAAGAGCAACUCUUUUCAUUUAUCGACGAAUAAAAUGGAGGGUUUUGAAGGAGCCAGCAGCAGCGAGAGCGUUUUAGAUCUGUCCCGUUUGAAUCUGAGCAACUUAAGUUUGGACUCGGUUAGCGAGAAACGACGGAAAGACACGAAACAGCUGUAUCUGUGUUACAACCGAAUGACGUUUCUGGCCGAAUCCAUCAGCUUGUUCUCAAACCUGGAGUUUCUCGACAUCAGUAACAACACGCUGUCUGUCAUCUGCGAGGACAUUACCCGACUGACCAAGCUCAAAACACUCAUAGCCAAGAAUAAUCGUUUAAAUGAGUUCUCUCUGCCCAAACAUUUCGGCUCUAUGCAGCUGGAAGUGUUGAAUUUUAGUGGGAACAGGUUUGAGGAGAUGCCGACCCAGUGUUUGCAGCUGCUGCGGCUCCAGUCUCUGUCUCUUGGAGGAAACAGACUGAAGAGCAUCCCAGCAGAGAUCGAGAGUCUGACCAGGUUAGAGCUGUUGUAUUUGGGUGGUAACCAGAUCUCCACCAUCCCUGCUGAACUAGCCAACUUGCCCGGCCUUAGUUACUUGGUUCUGUGUGAUAACCGCAUCCAGAGUGUCCCACCUCAACUAAACCGGCUCUAUUCCCUGCGUUCUCUUAGUUUGCACAAUAACCUGCUGACAUAUCUUCCGAGAGAGAUCCUAAGUCUGGUUCACCUUCAGGAGCUCAGUCUUCGAGGUAAUCCUUUGGUCGUACGCUUCGUCAAGGACAUGACUUACGAUCCCCCAUCACUUCUGGAGCUGUCUGGCCGCACCAUCAAAAGCAAGAACCUGCUGUACUCUCAUAAAGACCUUCCAAGCCAUCUAGUCACCUACCUAGACACAGCCAGCAAGUGUCCCAACCCCAAGUGUGCAGGUGUUUACUUCGAUUCAUGUGUUCGUCACAUCAAGUUUGUGGAUUUCUGUGGGAAGUAUCGCCUUCCCCUGAUGCACUACCUGUGCUCCCCAGAAUGCACCUCUCCCUGCAGCUCCAACCCUCAAAGCGACGCCGACUCAGACGAUGACCACAGCGUGCCCGUUGAUCGCCUUCAAAGAGUCCUGCUGGGAUAACCUUGCUCACCCCGCACAUGCCGCUUUCUUCCUCACUCCCUCUCUCACAGUGUUAUCAGCAAGAACAUUGAACUUUACCAGCCAGCUGGCUUGAAAAACCUCUCAGCUGAAGCCAAAUCUUAUUGCCAAGUGAUUGAGCAAGUGGAAUCCAGCAGCAUUCUGGGAAAGCAUAUCUUCAGAUAGUUUCCCUCACAAAGAAAGGCUUUGCCUUCAUCAAAAACACUGGUGGUUCAGAAUAGUUGUUUUUAAAAUAGUUAUAUUAACUAAGUUGCCUUGGUCAUCAAUCUGUUUAGCUCUUGCACUUUCGAAAUACUUAGAGGACUCACUUUAGGUACAUGCCUAUAUUCUGAUCGGCAGUAGAUGGCUAUGUCUCUCACAGGAGAACGCUAAUUCAAAAUUUCCACAUUACGCACAAAGAUUUACUGUGAAUUAAAAACACAUAACAAACUUCGAGAACUCUUGCUUUUUAGAUUUGUGAGAAGUUCAGAAACGUUUUCUUACAACACGAAACCUCACUGCUAAAGAGACUAUAUGCAGAAUUCAGAAACUAGGGACACCGCUGGCCGUUAUGUGAACUGCAGACAGCAACCUCUUGCUGGUGCUCAAAUUCUUACACACGUUAUCCAUAACCUCCAUUCACAUAGGGGGACGGCGUUAACACUUCUUACUUACUUUGGAGUGAAGUCAAGCAUUGUCAAACAGAAUUGUGGAUCUGUUAAAACAAGUUGGAUUUGUUGUUCACUGCAGAAUGUGAAGAACGUUCAAGUUUUCAAUUGCCAAUGCAAGGAUCCCGCAAUCGGUUUGCAUUUCGCAAAUGCUAGUGCAGACGCUAGCCAAUGAUGUUUGUCCAACACCAGCUAACAGCGUUAUGUCAAAAUGGAGGAAAAGCUUGUAAUAACGAUUUGUAAUCACCGAGUGCUUCAUGCAUUCUUUAUACACAACUACUACUACUUCUAUGCAACCCAGGCUCAUUCUGAAAACGUAGUGCCGUAGACGUUUUCUGGAGACCACGAAAUACGUCCCGGGUAUUACAUAUUUUUGCAGUUUUUGUUUUCGCGAAUCCAUGAGAGGCCGCUGUGUGCGGUUUUUCGAAUCUCUAAUGUCUCUUGCGAGUGCCGUUCGCGCCCGCACUGUUCUCGCGUAAACCCACCAAAGGCCACUGUUAAACGAUCGUCUGUCUGACUGGCUGAAUGAUUGACUGGGCGACUGGCCAAUCGGCCAACCCACCCUUCUCCUUUCCUAAACCCAACUCCCCCCCGCCCCCCGCGCUUACUUCCCUAAACUCAACUAAUAAUUUACAAAAGCUGUCCAGAAAAAGUAAAAUCCCUCGUCUGAUUUUUACCAUGUGUUUACCACAUUUUCAUCCUGUUAUUAACUAAUUCACUUUAUUUUUUGGAUUCUGUUUUUGUCUUACCUGAUUUCGGGAACUGCUCUUCCCGGACUUCAACCUGCUCCUCUCUGCGUCUCAAGUCCGCCGACGUACAUGAUGAGCUAACUGGACAAACUGGUUGCGGCAGGAAAGCCCUCCACACGGAGGUAAGCGGUCAGCCAAUAAGCUUGAAAAUGAACGACGUCAUACCACCCCAUAGCAUUUGCUUGAAGAUUGAAAAGCAGCCAUACGUGCCUCUGGCUAUGUAAUUUGCGGUCUUCAGAAACGUCCACGGGACUUUUCAAAAUGAGCCUGGGUUGCUUCUAUGUCAUGGUACUACUUAAUGUCAUGGUCAAAGAUGGAUGUGAUUGGCUGUCACCACAAAGCUUUAGACAUGCUCUAAGUCAAGCGUAACACCAAUAACCUUUGUGAAUAGGGUGUAAGAGACUUACCGUGAUUCAAUGCCGGUAUACUCAGGAGUCAAGACGAAGACCUUUUUCAUUCUUUGAUUAGAAAAAGAAGUUGAAAAUAAUACAAUUCCCAUUAUAAAUGUCAUAAAACCAUGACAAACACUAUAAAGGGAUAGGCAAAAGCAUUUCAUACACAAAAGUUAUUACAUACUGUCCCUUUAAAAGGUGUUACACAUCUUCACUAACAUUUUAUUUAAGCUUUGGUGUUUGUUUUGAAUAUGCUAACACUAAACAACUGCAUUCAAAAACUUAGGCAGCAUUUGAUAUCUUGUGAUAAAAUGUGACAAAGGUCAACAGUCACUUUGUUUUGAAGGUUAAUUUUUCUUUUAGCCCAGGUUCGCAACAAUAACUUAAAAGGAAAAAUUAUAUUGUUACAAAGCCAGUGAACAAAUUCUUUGGUUUCCAUGUCUUUAAAAAAAUCCAAACACUUCAUGUUUUGUACUCUCUUUCUUAGUUUCUUCACACAUGUCUUACACUCUUAGGCUUAUCCAAUAUUGACUAUGCAGAUAAUUAAUGCAAUUAUCAUUUCAGAGUUUUAAAAUUCAUAUCUAAGGCUUUUAUACCAAGUAAUCAUUUAUGAUAUUUUCUUUACAUCAUUGACAAGAUAGAAUGUAUUUUAUUUAAUAUUAUGACGACCAAUUUGGAUAACAUUCACUCCUCUAAUGGUUUAUAAACAUGUCUUUGCACUUCUUAUGUAGUGAACUAUAAUAAACAAAUUAAAGUUCA